AUUUGUUACGUGCGCGCGCUUAAGCAGUAGGGGGUUGUGGUGGCCCCUAUAAAUGCCUGAAAAAAAAUUAUCAGGUGGGACUCUUCGACUCCCUCGAGAGCGGCUUUAAACAGUUAUAUGGAUCUUGGAGUUUGGAGACUGGGGAUUGUGCCUCGCUAAUCUAUGUUAAAAUCUUGGCCGGCAGAGAAUUUGAGGCGGCACUGUCCUGGCCACCUAGAAUACUGUCUUCCUCUUACCAUCGUCCCCGUUGCGCCACUCCUUCGGCGCUUCCGGAAGUCACCCUUUCCAUAGGCGGUUGGAGGUGGCUCUCGAGCUGAUUUGCGUGCGGUGGCGUCGUUGGGUUUGACCUCAGUUUUGCCCGGUGGGCGCUUUGUGGCGCCAUGUUCUUCCCCGGCGGUGUGCGGCCGAGGGGACACGCCAUGUUUUGGAGAAGCUAAGGAUUUACUGCCUUUCAGGACUUUUGUCUAAAAAAGGACGCCUCCGAGUUUGGGAAUUGGGAGCAAAUAGAGUUACACUGGACCGAAACACAAGACUGUGACCCUGGGGAAUUGAAAGGGCCGCCUAAGGGCUUCUGCGGGCCGGAGGUCCGGGGAGAUUAUCGUCCCUCUGUCCUCUUCUCCCCCAGCCCCUCGGGCAGGAGCCUGGGCCCCGCGGUGCUGCCAGUGUGCCUGCCUGUGGUGCCCACCCUUUCUGAGAUUCGUAGUUUAUACCUAAGUCCCAGUACUGUUUCAAUUAAGAGUUCUAGUAAGCACCUGUACAUGAGCCCCUAGUUUGUGCCAGCCAGUUUGCUGAGGGUUUCACGUACUGUCAUAUUUAAAAGGCUUUCAACAUCUGAGAUAAGUAUUACAUCCACUUUACAGGGCUUAGCCAGUUCCUGACCAACAGCUGGAACUCAAAAACUGUUUGCUAAGUGAGCGAAUGAAAGAAUCAAUCCACUUCUCUUCAGUGCUGCACAGCACAGCAGAUAUCCCAGCUCAGAUAUGGGUUGAAAGACCACAGGCCUACCUGGAGGGCUCAGCUCUCUUAAUUCCUGGGAGACCCUGGACAUGCCAGGAUGUAUUGUGGAGUAGUUGCAUUUAGAAGAUGGGGAGGAAGUCCCAAACACUUUCCCAGAGCCCCAUCUGGGCCGGUGGUACUUUAUCGCAGGGGCAGCUCCCACCAAGGAGGAGUUGGCGACUUUUGACCCCGUGGACAACAUUGUCUUCAACAUGGCCGUGGGCUCUGCCCCCAUGCAGCUCCAGCUUCGAGCUACCAUCCGCACGAAAAAUGGGCUCUGUGCACCCCGGAAAUGGAUCUACCACCUGUCUGAGGGGAGCACAGAUCUCAGAACCGAAGGCCGCCCUGACAUGAAGACCAAGCUCUUCUCCAGCGCAUGCCCAGGCGGAAUCAUGCUGAAAGAGACAGGCCAGGGUUACCAGCGCUUCCUCCUCUACAAUCGCUCACCACACCCUCCCGAGAAGUGUGUGGAGGAAUUCCAGUCCCUGACCUCCUGCCUCGACUUUAAGGCCUUCUUACUGACUCCCAGGAAUCAAGAGACCUGUGAGCUGUCCAGUAACUGACCUGUGGCUUCAUCUGUGCCCCCCAGAUGGAUACAGUAGGAACUGAGAUUGUGGUGGGGGGAGAAGCUGGAGACUCUUAACUCCCUUUCAAGAAUAAAGAUGAUUUUUCAAUCCUCA